AUUAAGUACCAGCAAGCUUUUUAAGGGUCACAGACCAGGGAUAGUCACUCUGCUUUGGCCCUGUGUGUGUGCAGGCUGGAAGAGCUUCUCCAUCUGCUUCUUACUGGAUUUGAACUUUUCAGAGACUCCUGCAAGGUGCUCCUACCUUUCAGCGAAUCAGUGUGAUUACUCAGGGGCAAAGGACUAUUAAUUGUAGGUCUGCAGCUUCUGCAUUGGUUGAAUUUGUGUAAGGAAUUGAGGUGCAAUGGCUCAAACAGUCAACAUGAAGGUCCAGGAGCUACCAUAUCUGCCACCUGAAGUUUGGGUUUUGGUGUUCGGCUACUUGAACACUGAGGAAAAGCACACAGCCCGCCUCUGCUGCAGACACUUCAGAGAUCUCAUCGACCACCCGUCCCUGUGGAAGGAUUAUACAGCAGGACUCUCCAACUUUCCCCGCUACACGUCUGGAUUCUGGGACACCGUGCAGUGCCGUGGGGUCAGCCGUGCCACAGUGCAACAUUUACGACCCAAAGAUUGGAAAAUCCUCAGCAAGUCCCUCCCAUCGCUCAACACCAUUGUCUGUGUGAGGGAACGGCGAUAUUACAAGAUGAAAUACUUAGACAACCUGUGUGAAUUCCCCAACCUGACGAGUCUUGGGGUACGAAACGCCACCUGGGUUGAGCCGUUACUGGUGCAGUGUCAGAGUCAGCAACUAGCAGAGCGGCUGACUCACCUGAGCGUGUGCAACAUUCAGAUGUCCUACGAAGACACUGUGGAGUUCAUCAACAGCGUGUCACGCUUGGUCAACCUGGAGUACUUGCUGUUCCACCAGCAGGGCUUGUGGAGUGAAGGGCUUGAGAGGAUGAGGCCAGUGCCCUCUUAUAUCUUCCACAACCUGCUGCUAAGCCUAAAGAAACUCAAACACUUAUCCUGGGGAAUUAAAGGGGAGCCACCAGAGCCACUGCCCGACAACUACUUCUAUCCACUGGACCCAGAAAACCCAGGAGAGUACGGCGGCCCAGAACUGAUCUCUUUGGAGUUAGUCAAUUACACAGAAAUCAUCCUGUCGGAGUACGCGCUGAGGGGUCUGACUUCACUCAAGUCGCUAGCUGUCCACUACAGGUACCCCUGGGAUGGUAUCCAGUGCAAUCUCGAUUUAUGGCUCAUUCAUCUGCAACAGCUGGAAUCACUCUCAAUCAUUGGAGGGAAUUUUCUUGCCUCUUAUACGGAAGCCCUUCCACCCCUGGUGACCAAUCUGACACUGCGAACAUCCAUAUGCGCGUGCCAGAUGAACUCCAUUGCAUUUCAACUCAAGCGAGUUGAGCAUCUCGACAUAGAUCAGAACCGCUUUGCCGAUAGUCUCUGCAAACAGCUUCCUACACUGUUUCCUCAACUCAAGACUCUCAGGAUACGGUAUGCCCAGCAGAUUUUUAUUUUUAUUACUGUUACGAAGUAAAAGUUCCAUUUGAUGGUUUAUGUGUGA